AUGGCGACAAUCAACGCUAUGCUGGACCUCUUGGUCCAGCCCAUGUACAACGCGAUACGGGGCUCCCCAGUGAAAACGAACAACGUCGUCGCCAAGCUCCACUACAAAGUGACCUCGGCGAUGCUGAUUAUCGUCGGAUUCCUGAUAACUUCAGCCGAGCACUUCGGGAACGCCAUCGAUUGUCUCCAGCAACCGGAAACGGUGCCCAAUCAGAUCCUCGAGACCUACUGUUGGAUCCACUCGACUUUCACGCUGCCCUUCGCGCCCGACACAGCGCAUCCCGGUGUCUAUAACGCCCGGAACACCUCGCGGCCUGUCUACCAUCGAUACUAUCAGUGGGUCUGUCUGGUGCUGAUCAUGCAGUCGAUUUUUUUCUAUCUACCGAGAUACAUUUGGCGGCUCAACGAGAAUGGAUUCUUUACAAAGUUGAUCAGCACCGACGAUGAUGAAAUCCUCACCGAGUACAUGAUCACGCACAAAGGAACUCACGCGCCGAUCGCAACCUAUUUCCAUGUGGGGGAAGCUCUGUUCUUAAUCAAUCUCGUCGGACAGAUCCUCCUGACCGACGUAUUCUUGAAUUAUCAAUUCCUGACUCUCGGAAUCGUUUCCAUGACCACGACAGGCCAUCUCCAGAAGGUUUUCCCUCGCAUGGCAAAGUGCACCUUCCAUUUAUACGGACCCAGUGGAGAUCUUGAGCGACAGGACGCGCUCUGUUUACUUGGACAAAAUGUUGUCAACGAGAAAAUAUUUUUGUUUCUCUGGUUUUGGUAUCUCUUCCUGCUGGUCGCAUCGUCCGGCAUCACGCUUUGGAGAUUGGCGUCAUUCUUCUCCACGGAGCUGAGGGUACUCAGAUUGAUGAAGUACUUCAAUCAAGGCGAGAGAUUCAAACUGAGGAAAAUUUGCGAAGUUCUGGAUUACGCCGACUGGUACGUCCUGACGACGAUUUCGAAGAAUAUCUCCCCUAUUUCCGCUCGCAAAUUCUACUUGACGCUGUACAGGGGUCUGGUUGUGCCCGACAAACGAUAUGGCUACGACACGAACCUCAAUGGAUCCCCGGAAACGAUGCCGCUGAAUUAGAGAAAUCCGGAUGGGUUUCCGAAGACACAAUUCAUCCGUUA